AUGGCUAGCAUCAAAAUUAUCUGGGGCGGAGGCUCAAUCAUGGACGAAGUCUCAUACCCGACUCUCGAAUCCAUCAACGAGGUCCUUGACGUUCUGCAAGCCAAAGGCAUCAAAACCAUCGAUACUGCCAAGCUCUACAAUAAUUCUGAGGAGCUAUUGGGAAAACUUCAUGCCGAUUCCCGCUUUACCAUUGAUUCGAAAUACCCCGGCGGGUUUGGACCUGAGCCUUCCACCCCAGAGUCUUUUGUUACAACCUUGAACGAGAGUUUGGCUCUUCUUCAAACCGAUGAGCUCGAUGUCUACUACAUGCAUGCCCCCGAACGCAGGAGCUCACUGGAAGACCUGCUGGCUGGCAUCAACUCUGCAUACCAGGCUGGAAAGUUCAAGCGUUUUGGGCUGUCCAACUAUCUGGCCGAGGAGGUCGAAGAGGUGGUCCGCAUCUGCCGCGAAAAGAACUAUGUCGUGCCAAGUGUCUACCAGGGAAACUAUUCAGCCGUUGCACGCCGAGGAGAAAAAGAGAUCUUCCCCACGCUGCGGAAGCAUAACAUCUCCUUCUAUGCUUAUUCUCCCAUCGCAGGAGGAUUCCUGACCAAGGAUGUCGCGACGUUGGUCGCCGGCGGCCAGGGUCGAUGGGAUCCAAACACGCAACUUGGUGGAAUCUACAAUGCACUUUUCAAUAAGCCGAGCAUGCUGAAGGGCUUGGAACAAUGGGAGACGAUCUCCAAGGAGUCUGGUAUCUCCAAGGCUGAAUUGGCAUAUCGGUGGGCGGCACAUAAUUCCGCUCUCAAAGAAGAAUUCGGAGAUGCUGUAAUUGUUGGCUCGCGUAAUGUUGAGCAGCUCAAUCAGACGCUUGAUGCGUUGAGCAAGGGUCCUCUCAGUGCGGAAAUUGCAGCACAGAUUGAGCAAGUGUGGAAGAUUGUCGAGGCUGAUUCGCCUUUGGACACCUUCAACAGUUUCCCCCAGAAUGAUAAGGUUGUCUGA